AUGGCGGGGAUUGUCAAUAAGCCUCUGGCCAUGUUCCGCCGCUCAGAUUCCCCCAAACCCCUUCAUACUAGAUGGGGGGAUGUGGCUAUCUCGGUGCCCACAGAUGGCUCAUGGAACCAAUAUGAAAAUCCACAUCGACCACCUGCAGAGAGACAGCCCUACGGGCCUGGCUUCGUGCCAGAUAGUCCUCCGUCAGAUCGACUCCACGAUAAUCUAGGCAGCCAUUCAACCAGAGAAAGCGUGCUUAGAAGUGGGGACCCCGAUGAAGACAACAAAAGUACUUCAACGGGGAGAGCCUCCGUCGCAUCUGUAUCACGACGAAACUCGCUUUCUCUGGGAGGGCUGCGAUCGACCAGACUCUCUGUUCGCCUGGCCUCUCGGCCAAAACACCUAAGAGGCGAAUCAUCAUUGGAAAGAGCAAGCCAUUAUGCAGAGCACAAGAAGCCGGAGUUUGCCUACAAACCAAUCCAGCAAGACUACACAGCCGAGAUAUCUGACAAAAGCGAGCGACCUACUCAUCGCUAUCGCUACAUUCCUACCAACGGGCGAUACUUGGAGGACAUCCCGUCUCCUCGAAGCUCAAGGAGUCAAUCAGCCACACCAUUCCGUGGCUCACAUACUCGGCGAGACUCAUUCACCGAGUCUUUAGAAAUGCAAGAACGAGAGCGCGGCCGCGAACAAGCAAGGCUCAGCUCGCGACAGAGCUAUUACCCAGAUGAUGACCACCAGAGUGUCCGGUCCAGUAUCGCCGGUAGCUCUGACAGCUCCGGCUCUGAGUCCAGACUGAGCUUUGGUAUGCCACCGAGACGCCGAACAUCCACGUUUGUCGCGGCUGAUCGGAAGAGGUCAUCAUCUUUGAAGCCAAUGACCUUGGCUAUGGUCCCGGAUCCUGAAGAACUUUACGAGUGA